AAGCUAGGCUAACAGAUGAUAUUUGGUACCUUAGCGUCAAGGCUCCCUCGUGCGGGUCUUCUCAACCUUUGGGGAGCACGCUAUAGCAGCUCAUUUUUGGGAAGCUUGGCCCCCAUAGAAGGAGCUGUCGUAAGCUACAAGAGAUUAGGUAGAGGGCAAGCUUCUGGUAAAGGUAAAACCUCUGGAAGAGGUCAAAAGGGUCAGAAAGCCCGUGGUAAGGUACCCAAGUGGUUUGAAGGUGGGCAAACACCUUUCUAUAAGCGAUUCCCCAUCAUAGGCUUCAAAAGACCUCACAGAAAAGAAUACAACCAAUUGAACUUGGAAAGAAUUCAAGAGUUCUGGGACAACAAUAGAAUCAAUCUACAACCAGGAGAGUUGUUGACCAUACAGAAAAUGAGAGAGUGCGGAUUAGUGACGGGCUCUACUAGAGAUGGUAUCAAGAUCUUGGGAAAUGGGAAAGAAACAUACACGGUUCCAAUACAUAUUGAAGCUUCCCGAGCAUCCAUUGGAGCCAUUAAAUCCAUUGAAAAGACUGGCCAUGAAUUCACCGCCAAAUAUUUCACCAAAUUGGGAUUGAAGGCUCACAUAAACCCCGACAGAUACAUCUUAAAGAAGGGAUACUUGCCAUUGCAAGCUAGACCUACGCACAGAAGAGAUAUCGAAUUCUACUCAAAUCCCCAUAAAAGAGGAUACUUAUUGAAAGACCCAUCUUUGUUGUUGGCACACCGGGGACAGACCAAGGCCGUCAAAAAGGUGGUACGUAAGAGUUAUCUUUCAUCUGAGUUGGAAGCGGCUUCCGAUGCCAAAAUUCCGGAUUUUGCCCAGUCCACCGUAUUGAAGUUAUCCGAGUUGUAGCUGUAGCUUCUUGUAUAUAUUAAAUCUAUAGUGUUACUCAAUCUAUAAACGGCUUUAUUGUUCAAUCCACAAAUGGGUUGUCUGUGUCGACAUCUAUGUAGAUCUGGAGAAGCUUUUCCACCACAUCUUGGAUAUCAUUGAGAUGCACUGGCUUAUUAGAGAACUUUCUCAUAGCAAAUAUGGCCGACUUGUAAGUCAUCAGGUAGAUUUCUUUGAUUUUGAUUUUCUCAUUGGCGGAGUUGGCAGCAGUGCUAGACAUCCCUCGAAGCCGAAGCCCAGAAAGCACUACUUUAGAUACCAUGCUGUUGAUUUGUUCGGAGUUAUUGACCGAAGAAGUGGGAAGCGGUGUACUGGAUUUAGACCGCUUCUUCUUCUCCAAAACCUUGUCAAUCACAUGUAUGCUAUUGUGUCGCGUCUUGAGGUCAACCACUUCGGUGAGAGUUCUGUCCCCAAACUUGUCUUCGUUGUUGUCCUGAUAAUCAUUAAGCCGUGCGACUAUAGUCAAGUCCACUACAAGGGCCUUCACCUUCAAUUCAUGGAUAAGCACUAUCACGUACACGUUCUCAUUGGUGGUGUUCUUUAGUAGCAUUCCUAUGCUCGAAUCGCGGAGUGAGUGCUUGAGCAAGCGGUGUUUUAUGUAGUUUUGGCAUUCGUCCAGGGUGGAAUAGACAUCGAUCAUACCUGAUUGAAGGAGAAAAACCGGGGUUUUUUGGUAGUUGACGUAGCACACAUUGAGAAACCGGUCAUGGGCAUCGAUGGGAAGCUGGUGUUUGCACGAGAGCUGGAAAUCGUCUAGCUGUUGGUGUGGAUCUUCUAUGGAUAUAGGUAGACUCAUGGCAUGGGACGCGGAUU